AUGUUGGAGCCGAUUUACUUUGGUAUGGUCUCGGCGCUGCUGGGCGCGUUGUCGGUCCUUUUCGCGAAGUGCGUGUCGACACUCCUACACACGUUGGUGUCGAAUGACGACUCGGCCGAGGACGGCGGUGGAAUUGGUAUCGCUAGUGGUACGGCCAUACUGAUAUUCACACUGAGCGCCUUGUGUUCCCUUAUGAGCGUUUACUUUAUGAAUUUGGGGCUCAUUUGUUUUAAGGCACUUUAUAUCCUUCCCGUGUACUACUCGUUGGCUAUAGUAUUCCAGACCAUCACGGGCGGGGUCUUCUUCAGAG